UCCGGAUGCGGUGAAACAGCAGAGAAGUAGGAAAACACCGUACGUACAUGUAUUUAUUUAAAUGUCAAGACGGCAUCCAUAAAGUCAGCGGAGACGCUGUAUCCGUCCAUAAUGGAUUCAUGGAGAGAAAUAUCCACGUCGAGGACUUUUAUAUAACCGUCUUUUCACGCUGGAGAUCCAGGAAUGAGCUUUGUUUUAACUGAGUGUUUAUGUCUUCUUGCUAGCUUAAGCCUGCGUAGCAUUAGCUGGCACACGCAGACAAGUAGCUGCUCUCCCUGGUCAAAUAUGACUCUAAAGUGUCGUCAUUCUUGAUAUACUUGUUAUUGGCAAUUUUACCUACUACUUUUACCUGUUUUAUUGAACACGGAAAGCUUUUAGUGUUUGAUUUGUUCACUUUGUGGACAUUAAAAAAGCUUGUUUUCCUCUGUCAUCACAAGGAAUUCAGCUGAAUAAACUUAGUUUUUUCUUAUUUCUGUUCUCUUUUGGGAACUGUAUCCAAAGCGAUUCGUCAGCAUUUCAACAGGUGGACGAAAUGAAUGUGAUCUGGAAUAAAAUCACCUCUCUGAAAACACGGCAGAUACUCAGUAAUUAACGUCCCUGACAGUCUGUAGUGUCCACUAGUUUUCCUUGUUUUGCUGACAGAGCAGUUUACUGACAGUGCCCUUCGUUUGUAGAGGAGGAAGUCGUCCUUAUUUUAUUUUUGGUCCGAUCCAGCUUCUCUUUAACGGAGACAAGAUACUAGAUCAACAGUGAAGGAUGAAUGGCCUCUCUCUCAGCGAGCUCUGCUGCCUCUUCUGCUGCCCACCGUGCCCGAGUCGCAUCGCAGCCAAGCUUGCCUUCCUUCCUCCUGAGCCCACAUACACCUUUCUACCAGACCCAGAUGCAAGUCUCGCCACACAAGGGGCAACUGGGGCAUCCAGCCGUUCACGUAGCGGAGCGUCGGUGUCUGGAAGCGGAGGUGCCGGGGCUGUGGAGGGAAGAUGGAAGCUCCACCUGACAGAGCGAGCAGAGUUUCAGUACACGCAGAGAGAGCUGGAUACGACAGAGGUGUUCCUCACUCGAUCGAGCCGAGGGAACAAAGUCGGCUGCAUGUACAUUCGCUGUGUCCCCAAUGCAAGAUUCACAGUGCUCUUCUCCCACGGUAAUGCAGUGGACCUGGGCCAGAUGAGCAGUUUCUAUAUUGGCCUUGGCACCCGCAUCAACUGCAACAUCUUUUCCUACGACUACUCAGGCUACGGUGUCAGCACCGGCAAGCCCACUGAGAAGAACCUCUAUGCUGACAUAGAUGCUGCCUGGCACGCCUUGCGCACACGGUAUGGGAUCAGCCCAGAGAAUAUCAUCCUGUAUGGACAGAGCAUUGGGACAGUACCCACUGUGGACCUGGCAUCCCGGUAUGAGUGUGCUGCCGUGGUUCUUCACUCACCUUUAACGUCUGGCAUGAGAGUGGCCUUUCCCGACACAAAGAAAACAUACUGCUUCGACGCUUUUCCAAACAUUGAGAAAGUAUCUAAAAUCACAUCCCCGGUGCUCAUCAUCCACGGGACAGAGGAUGAGGUGAUCGACUUCUCCCAUGGCCUGGCUCUGUUCGAGCGCUGCCCCAAAGCUGUGGAGCCUCUGUGGGUGGAAGGAGCGGGACACAACGACAUUGAAUUGUACAGCCAGUAUCUGGAGCGUCUGCGCCGCUUUAUAGGACAGGAGUUAGUGGCACAACACGCCUGAACACUACCACCAGAACCACCACAGACAAGAUUAUCAUCACCAUUUUAUCUUAGAGCUUUAUCAAGAUGGAAAAGCGUCCAAACAGUUGUCCCUCAGCCUACUACGGUGUAAAAAUCUUCAUUUUUUUGGGGCACUUUCAGCCUUCAGUGGACCAGGGGUUGAUGCAAAAUGGACAAAACCAGUGUGUUCAUUGACAUCCAAGGUGUGUGAGUGUGUGAGACUUUGUCACAAACAGCAUUUAGACUCUUGUUUUUUAGCAGUCCCUUUAACUAAAUGGCUGCCAUGUGUCGUGAAACACUUCAGCACAUGAAUUCCUUUUCAGUGCAAUAAUAUGGACCACAAGAGUGAGGCUCUACAUGAGAAGUUUUCAUGUCUGUCAGGACAUGGUCCACAUGGAAGAUUUUGUCAUUCAUCGUUUUUACACCUAAAUAUCUAAUAGGAGUUUUUCCUAAGUGCUUCUGACAUGUUAAUAUUUAGAUUUUACAGAAACAGCAGUAGUUUGUCUUUAAGCUCCUGGUGUCGCUUUAAAUCACUUAUGAUUUUGUAGUUAUUAGAUUUUUGCAUUGGACUGCGUAAUACUUAAAGAUGUUUUUUACAUCAUGUUCCUAAAUGAUCAUGACUUACAAACAUACACAGAAAAGUAUUGAAAUUGUGUGUGUUUAAGUUGGUUUUUAGUCUUGCUUAACAUUUUGCUCAGGUAACCCUUUUUUUUACAUGAGGGUCAGUGUGUCCCACAUUUGUUUGCGUCUAUAUUUUGUCUCAUAUCUAGUCAGCUUAAUCUCCUCUGAUCCUUUGAGCAAAGAUUUAAUAUUUUCAUCUAGCUUGAGUUUUCUUCUUAUUCUUUUUGAUUUGGUCCAAGUAACAAAUCAAAUCCCAAUGGAAGUACAGAACAAGGUGCAUUUUGUGAGUUUUUAUUUCUUGUUACACAUCAGUUUUUGAGUUUUUUUCAUUUAAAACCUGUCAGACUUUAAACUGACACCAACAGAGGGUAUCAAAGGAGGACAGUCAGCAUUAAAAGAAACAAACGCUCCUUCUCCUUUAUUGAGUGAAAUAUCUGAGAGUCUCAUAGUCCUGUCCGCUUUGUUUUACUCUUGUUCCUCUUGUUUAUGUCUCACACCAAUAGGUCACAGCUGGGUGUGAAGGUCCUGUUUCCCUCAGAGUCUGGAACAGAGAAGCAACACUAAAAUAAAACAGGCCUGUUUCCAGUCCUUGAAUACUCUCAGUGGUUCGCUUCAAUCUUGAGCUUUUAAACUGAAUAGGAACUUUUCAGUGCAGUGUUUUUAGUUUCACAGAUACAACAAGGAGAUUUUCUAGUUUAGACAAUUGUCAACGUUCACAUUCUGAUUAUAUACAAAUCAUUUCCACCUUUUUACAGAUAAGCAAAAGAGUAUUUUUUAUCACAAAACAAUGCACCACUGUGCUUCUUUGUAUUAGGAGGAAAAGAAAAGAAGAUAAAGACUCUCCUCUUAGGAGCUGACAUUUGAGCAUUAUAAAUCAAAAAGGAUAUUGCUCUUUUAUUCUUCAACAUGAUGACAACACUAUUGCACUACUAUUCUGUGCUACAGGCUGAAAUAGACAGCAAAGAGGUGUUUUAAGUCUUUUUCUCACUGGUUUACAGUCCGUACAAGAACUGCCAGUAUCAUUCACAGACAUCCCACCAAAUAGUCGAGUUUUCCCAUGUAAUUAGCACAACUUCUUGGUAGCAGUCGGCAUGUUAAUUCACAGAAUUCCUAUAAGACUGGUACAGUACAUUUUCCAGCUGCUGGUGGGAUUUUUCUAUCAUUUUAAAUUAGUUUGGGGUUGAAUUAACAUGGAAAUAUCAGUUACAAGUAUAAAACAAACGGCCCCUCUUUUAUGCAGUAACAGUAAGGUUUUGUAAGUCUGUCACAAAAUUAUUAAGGCUUUCUUGCUCAAGAUGAGGUGACACAAACAACUAUUUUAUAUUAAAUCCACUUUGCCUCACUGUGAAAAACCCAUCAUUUUUCUCACAAAUGUUCUGUUUUCAAAUGAGACUUAAAGUGCAAGCAAAAGCAGUAAUGUUUGAAGGUGCAACACUUACCAAGCUGCUGAAUUUGAACCAAUUGGGAUUAAAUUUGUUAAACUUUUUUCCCUGAAUUUUAAGGAAAGAGGUAUUUCUUGGGCUGCAAGUUGUUGCAGUGGUAAGCGCUGUUGCCUCACAGCAAGAAGGCUCCUGGCUUUACUCCCUAUUGGACAGGACCUUAUUGUGUGGAUGUAGUCUGGCGUCCUCCCAUAGAACAAAAACGUGCUUGUUUGGUUAAUUGGUGAUCCUAAAUUGUCCACAGGUGAAAGUGUGAACAUUUGUCUCUAUGUCAGCCCAGUGAUUGACUGGUGACCCCUCAACAGGAUAAGCAGUGAAGACAAUGGACGUAUUGAAGUUGUUCCAUCAUAAGGAGUUCAUUCAGAUUUACCAUAAAUGUUAAGUAUUGCACCUUUAAACUUUUAGAAUGUAAUCUGAGAUCAUGAUUACUUCCAAGGGAAGUCAGGAUUGUCAGGUUUCUUCUGUAUGUUUUAACCAAAGUUUUAUGAUUUUUUUGGUAAUUUUUAGUGCUUUACCAAGUGUACCUGCUGUUUAUGUUAGUAUCUUAAUAACCAAAGCUAAAAUUAUCAUAUUUAAGUUCUUUUUUAACUCUUUAUUUAUCUCUUAUGGUUUGUCCGAUCUUUUUAUCCAUUGUGCAUGACAUUUGGAAAAAAACUGAAUUGUCCAUUUGUUUUUGGAUUUGUAUAUUAUAAUGUUUAUCAUAUCAAAUUUUCAAAAGCAUUGUUAAUGAAGUUGUGUGUAUUUUUUCAAGCAUUUAAAUUUUUUGGAGGAGUACAACAAAGCAAUACAGCAGGGAGUUUGUGUUUAGAGAACAAUUGAGUGGGAUGAUAAAAGAACAAUGACAAAGGAGCUUCAAGCACAAAACUGAAAAGCUUUUAAUGUUUUGUCUUUUAUUCAAAUGUUUGGAGUUUUGCUCUAACUCUUCUGUGGGUCUUAUUUUGUCAUCACACAUUGUUAUCCACUUUUUAUUAUAUUGACUUAUUUCUAGUUUUAAAAAUGUUUUUUCCCAAGAUUGAAAGAGAUCAGGAAGUUAAUAAAACAUAAUCAGAAAGUGAUUAAUGAAAUGACUCUCUCCCUUUUUUACAGUGCAAAUAAGCAGAGAUGUGAACAUAAGAUGCUUGAAAACCACAAGAAAAUGACAUGCAACAAGUUAAACCAGCAAGUAAAGUAACUUAACACUUCACAAUGGUAAGGAGAAGACCAACAGAUUUUAAUGUUUUAACAUUGAUUUAAAAGUUGAAACAGAAAUUGUUUAUCUGAUACCCUAGCAUAUAGACAUGGCUUUUAGCCUUACAAUGGCUGUAUAGCAGUGAUCAUCACUGUUGGGAUGAUAUUGGGCAGGUGAUGAGUAGUGUCUGGUUUCCUCUGGACAUAAUGAGGCCGAACAGUUCAAUCUUGG